GUGAAGUGGAGAGGUUGAGUCGACUCGUGCUCUUCUUAAACACGUGACUUGGAACGUUGACAACCUCUCGAGGAUAAGUUCACCAGUGCAAAAGUGCGUCCGGGGAUUUGAGUGCGCGAUCAACUUGUCCGGGAAGUGUGUUUAGGCGAGGAGACACCACCAUGACGGACCUUGGCCUGAGCGAGGUGACGGAAUGGUACCGCAACAAGACCAUUUUCAUCACAGGAGGGACGGGCUUCAUGGGGAAGGUCCUCGUCGAGAAAUUGCUCAGGUCGUGCCCCGUCAGGAGGAUUUAUCUCCUCAUGCGGCCCAAGCGAGGGGUGGACGUCAACCAGCGCCUCGACGACAUGUUCAACUACAAGGGCAGCGAAUCAUCUCACGGCUCGUCAAUGAACGGGACCCGGUUUAACAGGACCACGUUAUUCGACAAAAUCAAGGAGUCGCAGCCGGAGGUCCUGCAGAAGGUCUUCGCGGUGAAGGGGGACAUCACGAUGGAGGGCCUCGGGCUCAGCGACGAGGACGAGGCGCGCUUGGCCGACGAGGUGAACGUCCUCUUCCACGCCGCUGCCACCAUUAACUUCACCGAGCCCAUGCGCGUAGCCGUCAACAUGAACAUGCUGGGCACCAAAAGAGUCGUCAGUCUCGCACGCAAGAUGAGGAACCUACAGGCCCUGGUGCACGUGUCGACUGCCUACGGGAACUGCCACGUGCCCGAAGUGUACGAGGAGCUGUACCCCGCGCCCAUCGACCCCGGCCGCCUCAUCCAGCUGACGGAGUGGCUGGACGACAAACUCCUGGAGGACAUCACGCCCCGCCUGGUGGAGCCUCGACCCAACACCUACACCUUCACCAAAGCCCUCGCCGAACACCUGCUGGUGAACGACGGCGAGGGGCUGCCCAUCACCAUCAUCCGCCCUUCCAUCGUGUGUGGCUCGUGGAGAGAGCCCAUCCCCGGCUGGGUGGACAACCUGUUCGCGUUCACAGGGCUUCUGGUGGGCAUGGGCAAGGGCGUCCUGCGGUCCCUGUACGUCAGCAACGGAAUCAAGCUCGAUUUCAUCCCAGUCGACGUCCCCAUCAACCUCAUGAUCGUGUCGGCUUGGAACACGGCCGUCGGGAGAUACAAGCCAGAAAACGUGCCCAUCUACUGCUGCUCCACCGGAACCGACCAGCCCCUGACGAUCGAGGAGCUGGCAGAACACCUGAAGAAGUCGGUGCGCAAAUACCCCUUCAACUACCCCCUCUGGUAUCCGGACGGCUCGGCUAAGAACAUCAAAUUCCUGCAUCAGCUCCACGUCUACGCGGUGAACAUCAUCCCAGCUUACAUCGCCGACACCAUCAUGAGAAUCUUGGGGAGAAAGCCCAUCGCCGUGAAGCUGUGCAACAAGAUGGUGAAGGCCGUGAGCGCCCUGGAGUACUUCAUGCUGCGCGACUGGACCUUCCAUACCUCGAAGACCAACGCCCUGUGGCGGUCCCUCAGCCCCACUGACCAGGACAUCUACCACUUCAGCGUCAAGGACCUCGAUUGGGACACGUACAUCCAGACGUACCAGAAGGGUUGCAAACAGUACAUCAUGAAGGAGGAGCUCUCGACCAUCCCGUUCGCCAAGAAGAUGUUGACGCGGAUGCACGUUCUGCACCGCAUCGUCCAGCUGUGCCUCAUGUACGGCGUGUGGUGCCUGCUGUCCACCGACACCGCCUCCGCCUUCUACUCGGCCUGCUUCAACGGCGCCUCCCAGCUGCUGUCCCUCACCCCGGCCUUCGUCGCGGCGGAGGAGGCGGCGGCGGCGACCAGCUCGUAGGGCCCCGCGCACGUGCCCCAGCUUCCACAACCCAUCAGCCAGUGCCCAGAGGCCCAGUCCAGCCACCACACGCGCAUCCAAGGCCUGUCAGCUGGUGUUGAGGUCGCGGUGAAGUCAUCCAGGAGGUCACUCUCGCUGAGACGCCUCACUGACACUAGCAUCUACCUCGUGAGCUCUGGAGGAGGCGCAGGGGAGGACCUCACCUCAUGCGCCCCAAUCAGUAGGGCAUUUUGCUUGCUACCUUAGUUGGUUCUUCUUAGCGAGUGAUCAGCGAGUGUCUGUAGAUUCAUCCCCAAGAAUUUUACAGGAUUUAAUUUUUGAAAGAAAAGGAUAUGAUGUGCUCAUUUUACUUCUUAUGGGAAAAAAAAUUAACAGUAUCGGACUUUAUCGAGUCGUCUCCAAAAGGGUUGUAUUUGUUUUCAUAAUUUUGUCUCCAUUGUCUUUUUGGGCACUAACUUUUCCCCGCGAGUUGCACUAGGUCGCUCAACAUCACGUGAACAAGUGCUCAAGUACCAGACUUUUAAGGUAACCCAAGGUAUUACCUGUAUAAUACCACCUUGUAUAUAGUGUUUUUUCUUUCUUUUUUAUUUUUUAGUGGAAGAUGUUCUGCCCCAAAGACUUAAUGAAUCACAUGCCAUUUUAUCGAUGGACAUACAAUGAAAGACUUUUUAUCACAAAGUAUUUUUUUUAACGUUUGCACACUUCUUUGUUAUAUCACGCUGUUAUGUUUGUUUUUUUGUCAUGAUGGCGGUUACUUGAAAAUAAUAUUUAUAGGCUUAGAUUUGUAUUCUAUUGUGACAGUAUAGUGUAAUCUGUAACUGAUGAACAAAAUAUUCUCAUCUGCUGACAGAUAAAUUGCCUUCAAAGUUUUUUUUUGUACAUUCGUGUUCUCCAUAAUUUUUUUUUUGUCUUUAUGUCAGUGUAGUAUAUUGACUAUAUAGUUGUUAGGAAUCACUGCUUAACCUGGAUUGAAAAUGACAGCUUUGUGUGGCCCCCUAGACAUUAGGUUGAAGUUUCGAGGCCUGAGAUGUUUAAUACGAAGAAAAUUUGUUCAUAUUUGGUUCAAAAUUUGAGGGCUAUAAUAUUUGGCAUGAAAAAAUAUGAUAUUGUUAACUUCAGUGUAGCCGUUUUCUCAUUUCAAUGUUCUCUUGUCUCUUGCACUUAUAAAGGGGUUCAUCUAGAAGAUAUAUUGAAAGUGGACCUACGUAUAUGGUUUGUUUAUUGUUUUUUGAUAUAUAUUUUUUACGAUGUACAUAGUCCUCUGUAUUUCCAAACUUUGGCAUGCUUUGAAAACACACGAUUAUUCAUUGGCUUGUUGAAGAUUUAGGCAUUCUCUGUAUACAGUUUAGAUAGAAAAUAUGAAGGGUAUUUAACCUGUAAUAUCUACUUUUCAAGCGAGAAUUUCUCUGUCUGUCUGUCUGUCUGUCUGUCUCUCUCUCUCUCUUACUCUCUCUCUCUCUCACUCACUCUUUGCCCCUUCCCCCCUCCUCCUCUCUCCAUAAUAACUUGGAAAUUACAUAUUACAUGUGCUCGGUGUUUAAACUUUACAUUACGCACGAGGAAAAUGGCAGUGUUAUUGCAUUGCCGUGUGUAUGAUAGGGUCGGCACUCAGGACUCCCCUCUCCGUUUUGUUUUGUAUUAUCCAGGCUCUAGCAGUUCGCUCUCUAGCCCUUCUUGAUUUUUGAAGGAUUUUUUUUCUCUCCCUUUUCGUUUUUUUGUGUGUUUUUUUUCUUUUUAUUUUUAAUUUUUAAUUUUUAAAAUCCAGUAUUCAGACUUAUAUAAGUGACUUCCCAUGUAUUGUCCAUCUCUACUGUUUAGGUUCACUUUAUCGUUAAUGAUGUACAUUUUUUUUUUCUCUCUCUCUCUCUGUCUGUUCAAAGGGGGGUUGAACAUGUACCUUCACUCUAGCGAGUCAGAUGGUUGUAAACAGUAUUUUGUAUUCACUGGUGUAUUUCAAAUCGAAGAACCGAAGAAAGCAGGAUUUAAAAAAAAGCCUCAAUAUUCAUCAAAGUGAAUUUUUUUCGCUCUGGAGAAAAUGAUCCCAAAAUGCCGUUAAUGAGGAUGGACAUAUUUACGAAGAUUUACUGAUGACUCCAUUAGCUAUCAUUAGCCGUCAAAAGUGCAUUUUCUCGGUUAUUUUGGAGCAAGAAAGUGUCACAGGCAGUCGAUGAAAUACUAGACUGCACAAUGUACACCAUCGGUGCGUUGUACAUAGAGUUUUUUCCUGUGUACUUCACGCUGUUUGGAAGUCGUCCUCAAGAAUGCCCCAGUACACCAGGUUUAUUGAUUUUUCUUAAAAGUUUAUGCAGCACCUGUUGAGGCUACGAGGUGCUGUUCGUUGUACAUAGUUUAGAUGAUACUUGUGUAUUCCCAUUUUACAUAUUAUUUUGUACUGUACUAAUUAAUUCCUCUAUUAUAAGGGUAAUUAAUAUUUUUAUUUUUUUCAAUUUUUUCAAUUAUUAUUAUAAUUUUUUUUCACUUCAUUUUCGCUAUUGUUAUUUUCGUUUUUCAUUUCAUUUAUGUAGUUUUUGCCAUUAUUAUUAUUAUUAUUAUUAUUAUUAUUAUUAUUAUUAUUAUUAUUAUUAUUAUUAUUAUUAUUAUUAUUACGAUAAACUUCACUUAGAAACCAUCAUGAGUAUACAUGAUACAUAUCAAUCAAAUCCACUUUCAUUAGAGGAUAUAUUUAUAUAUCUAUAUCAUUUUACUCUACCAAUUUUAAUGUACUAAUGAAUUAAAAAAGAUUUAUUACCUUGUUUUAUAAUAAAUUCAUCCCUUAAGGUUCAGUCUGUAUAGUUUACACGUUUUUUUUUUCAAUGAAUUUUUAUGUAAUGUUUGUGAGAUCUGAAAGCCACGUGUCUUUGGAAUGUGACUUGUACUUGUAUAUUGUAGCUCUGAUUUUCAUUAAAAAAUUAACAAUAUAAUUAAAA